UGAAAGAAACUGUAAACUAGUACUAAUACCAGCGCAAAAUAAGAAAUAGGCGAAAUACGAUCAACAAACAAUUUAAAAUUGCUAACUGUGAACACAACAGUAGGUUGGAGGGAAACCAGUAAAGUUGUCUGUUGGCCAAGGUUGCCCAGAAGCACGCGCGUCCGUCUAUCUCAAUUACACUUGGCUGUGAGUCCCUGAUCUUCCCGAUCUUCCCACAUUUCCGGAACCAUGACCCUGCCCCACUUGGAGAAUCCGAUCCGGCGAUCCGCUGUGGGCAGUUACCACGAAGGUGUGUCCCGGAUGCUGACCCCGCUGAACGACGAUGAGGCGGAAAGGCGGGAAGCCCGUCGCCGCACUCUUCUCCAGCAGCAACAGCGCAAAAGCACUCUAGAGUCCAUCGAGGAAAACGAGACGAUCAGGAACUGCCUGGAGAUCUACAAUGGCAACAAGCUGAGCAAGGACAAUGCCUGGAAUCUUACACUCAUCGACUCGCUGGCCAAUCUGAUGGAACACCAUCACAAGCGGAUGAGCAACUUCAAGAUGGCGGGCUCCUCACUGGAGGCCUCUUCCAAGGUUUAUGGACUGCGGGUGGACUCCAUCUACCUGGAUGCCAUGCGCAUCUCAGCCGGCCUUAGUGCGCGCACUCUCACGGAUAAGCAACUGAACGCUGCCGAGGAUGAUGAUGGACCUCAAGCCGAUCAGGCUGCUGGCGAGGGUCAAGAUCCAGCAGAACAAGCUCAAGAAAAAGCAGCAGCCAAGCCCAAAAGGCAGAAGAAGCCCAUGUCCACCGUGACCAAGAACAAGGACACACUCAAUAGCCGCCUAGAUACCGCUCCCUUGCAGGAUCCCGUGUUUGGCAAACUCAACUCUACAGUGGGCUCCAUUAAUGCCUCAAAUCGCCUAAUGCACAACAUUCUGCCCAGUUUGGACUCAGAGCUGCGCUUGCGCACCACGUACAGUUUUUGGAACAGCGAAGAGUCCAACGAGGAGGUCCAGGAUCACACUACUCUUAACGCAGACAUGGAACAGUGGCCGGCUGAAUCUUUAAUGGGCACCACCUUCAUGCGGAAACUGCUUCCCCAUGCUGAAAGAUCAAAUUUGCGCCCGCUGCACACUGGCUACAUUAUCACAAGUGCUCCUAAUCCAAAGGCUUCCAACGACAGGCCCGCAGAGCCCAUGCAGGAUGAAGAUCAGCAUGAUGAGGGGCUGGAUAAUGCCGACGAUAUGUGUGUAAACGAGAUUUCCAUGGCCUUCGACAUCAACGCCGAGUGUGAGCCCAUGCCCGACUUGGAUGGACCUCCUCUGGUACUGGAAGUGGACCACAAUGAGCUGGACGAGCUCACCGUCGAGGAGCAAAUGGUGCUUAAAAAUUGUCGGCGGUUGCGGAAGCAAACGGAGUUUUUAGAAGAUUUGCGACCAGUAGACGGAAAGUCCAAGCUGGAGUACUCCUACAGGCCGAUGGAACAGAUCUCCCAAUUCUGGGCUGGACCCUCACACUGGAAGUUCAAGCGUACUCGGCCGCGCACCACAUUUUCUCAGACCAAUGGUCCGGCGGAUACCCAGCCCAUUCGCAGUCAAAGGCCCAAGAAGUCGCAUUUGGCCGCUAACCGAAGAGCAAAGGCUGUAGCUUACGGCAAAGUGACUGAGAACUUCUUCCAGCAGCUAGAUACUACCAUAAGGCAGCGUCGGGUGAAUUUCCAAAAGAAAUGGGACCCCCGAAAAUUGAUAUUGCCGACAAAGUUUAACUUAGACCCGGACCUCUUCUUUAAAUACGAUUCGGCGCCGAGCAUAAAGUUGUCGAAGCGCGUGGGAGAGCCUGAAUCGGAUGAGGGUGGAGAUCUAGGGAUCGAUAUGGAUGCUGACAUGCAUCACGAUGAUGAUAACGACCAGGAUCUAUUCAAUAAUGAACAUUUCACCGAUGCUGUCCCCGCCAACGUAAGCGUUAUUGCGGCCAUUGCCGCCGAACAAGCGGCCGAUGGUAAAAUGGAUGUGGAUGCGGGCGAGAUGGGGCUCACCCAGAUGAAUGCCACAUGCAAUAACACAGUCUUCGAGAUUGGCACAGAGUUCGAGGGUGCUCCGUCGCAGGUUGCCAAAGUGAUCGUUCCAUUCGCUAAGCGAGCAAAGGUUAUAGACAUGAAAAAUUUGAAAAAGUCGUGCAAUUCCCUGAUUCAAAAACAACUUCUGAACGUUGUCCCUGAGGAGACGAUACCCUCGCAUCCAAAGAAGAAGAGUGAACAUUAUUCAAAGGGCGUUGCAAGUUUCCAGGAGGUGUACCAAAAACUGCCCAACCUUCUGACCGCAAAAAUGGCAGAUUCCUUGUCGCCGUCGGUGGCUUUCUACGCGGUUCUGCAUUUGGCCAACGAUUUAAAAUUGCGCCUUAUUCCCCAACAAGAUUUGGAGGACUUCCAAAUCCGUCAAGUCUUGGAUUAAACUCUUAAAUUCCUAAAUUUAAUUAAUUGUAGUUGCCCUUAGUGCUGUUAAAUUUCGUUUUGUGUUUUGUAUCCUUUAAUCUCAUAACCUUAUGUCCCACUCAGAACUCAUAUCAGUAUUCCCAAAGAAUUACCCUCACCCCAGUCGAAUCGGAAAUUAAUUAUAGUCGAAGCCAGAUUCACAUUUUAUAAAUUAUUUAAUAAACAAUAAGC